CGACACUAUGGGCUUUUCUUCAUAUAAAUAAUCGGAGCCGCGACGGCGGCGGGCGGCGCUUUGGGGGUGGAAAGCGGCGGAGGAGGAGGCGGUGCGGGGACAGCUUGCGGCCCGAGAUUGCGCGGUGGCGGCAGUGCUUGUGGUGCGGCUCCUGUCAUGAGUCCGGCCGGGUGCUCCCAUGUGAACAGUUUUAAGGCGGACAAUUGGAAGCAGAGCCUGCGAGUAAUUUACCAGUGCUUUGUGUGGAGUGGGACUGCAGAGAGCAGGAAAAGGAAGGCAAAAUCCUGCAUUUGCCACAUGUGUGGUGCUCACCUCAAUCGACUUCAUUCCUGCCUUUAUUGUGUCUUUUUUGGUUGUUUCACCAAGAAACACAUUCACGAGCACGCAAAGUCCAAGCGCCACAACUUAGCCAUAGACCUCUUGUAUGGAGGUAUAUAUUGUUUUAUGUGUCAAGAUUAUAUAUAUGAUAAAGACAUGGAACAAAUUGCCAAAGAAGAACAAAGAAAAGCAUGGAAGUUGCAAGGAGUUGGUGAAAAGUAUUCAACAUGGGAACCAACAAAAAGAGAAUUGGAGUUACUACGGCAUAAUCCCAAACGCAGGAAGAUAACUACAAAUUGUACCAUCGGUCUCAGAGGCCUAAUAAAUCUAGGGAACACCUGCUUCAUGAACUGCAUUGUCCAGGCACUUACUCACACUCCACUACUCCGGGAUUUUUUCCUUUCUGACCGACACAAAUGUGAAAUGCAAAGUCCCAAUUGCUGUCUGGUUUGUGAAAUGUCUAGGCUAUUUCAGGAGUUUUACUCUGGUUACCGCUCACCACAUAUUCCAUAUAGGUUAUUGCAUCUGGUUUGGACACAUGCACGGCAUUUAGCAGGGUACGAGCAGCAGGAUGCACAUGAGUUUCUGAUUGCUGCACUAGAUGUUCUACAUAGGCACUGCAAAGGUGAUGAUAAUGGGAAGAAAGCCAGUAAUCCAAACCACUGUAACUGCAUUAUUGACCAAAUCUUCACUGGAGGACUGCAGUCUGACGUCACUUGCCAAGUCUGCCACGGUGUCUCCACUACAAUAGAUCCUUUCUGGGACAUCAGCCUGGACUUACCUGGGUCUUCUACGCCAUUCUGGCCCUUAAGUCCAGGCUCUGAUGGGAAUGUUGUGAAUGGAGAAAGCCAUAUGUCCUCUGGAACUACCACACUUACAGACUGUCUACGAAGGUUUACAAGACCUGAGCAUCUUGGAAGCAGUGCCAAAAUAAAAUGUAGUGGUUGCCAUAGUUAUCAAGAGUCAACAAAACAGCUUACAAUGAAGAAACUUCCCAUAGUGGCUUGUUUUCAUCUCAAACGUUUUGAACACUCGGCUAAGUUACGGCGAAAGAUCACUACAUACGUCUCUUUUCCACUGGAGCUGGACAUGACACCAUUUAUGGCUUCCAGUAAAGAGAGCAGGAUGAACGGACAGUACCAACAGCCUGUGGAUAGUCUAAACAAUGACAAUAAAGUCCUAUGUGAACACAGGCUGAGAGAGAUGCAUCUUGUGUGUAUGUGUGGGCAUGACAUCAUAACUGGCAAGCAACCCAAUCACAAGUAUUCGCUGUUUGCAGUAGUCAAUCAUCAGGGAACACUGGAGAGUGGGCACUAUACCAGCUUCAUUCGACAACACAAGGACCAGUGGUUUAAGUGUGAUGAUGCAAUUAUCACCAAGGCUAGCAUAAAAGAUGUGCUAGACAGUGAAGGGUAUCUCUUGUUUUAUCACAAACAGUUCCUUGAAUACGAAUAGCCUUAUCAGACUGGGGGAAGCCUUCAGAACGAUACACAACCUACCUGAAACUCUAAGUACUGUCAGCACUGAGUGAACCUACUUGACACUGAUUUUGGUCUGAAGCAGUGAGACUGAACACCUGAUGGAAUGAGAUGGGAGGAGGCAUGGGUCAUCCUCGCAGCUGCA